AUGAAAGACUGGAUGUGCCGAAAGGAACGCGGUAAGCAAAACCAACUUUACGAGGAGCUCCUCCACAGCGAUCCCGAGGAGUACCGCAGGCUGCUGCGCAUCAGCCGCGAGCAAUUACUGCAGCUGCUGUCUCGCGUGGGACCCAGAAUAGCGCAGCAGGACACUGUGAUGCGGCGAGCAAUUCCACCAGAGGCACGGCUACAAGUCACUCUUCGUUUUCUUGCGACGGGAGAGAGUCAUCCUUCAUUGAGCCGUCAAUACAGGCUCGAACACUCAAGUGUCAAUGACCUCAUCCAUGAAACCUGCACAGCACUCUACGAAGAGCUGAAGGAGGACUUCAUAAGAACUCCAAAGACCGAAGAGGGGUGGCUGGAUGUGAUCAGUGGUUUCGCUCAGAAAUAG